CGGCCCCUAUAUGUAAUAUCUAUGGUCGGGGCCACACCCACGAAGUGACGUCACAGGGGAACUUAAACAUGGCAGACAACGAGCGAUGGGCUUACUGAAAAGCUAGCCCAAAACAUUGCCCAACUCCACCAGUUCGACGAUCUUGGACGAGGUUAUUUAACUCUUACAAUUACGGGGUUGUGAAGACGAGUCGAUCUUAAGGUGCACAGCCAAGCCACAGAAAGCGGAGGAGCCCGACGUCUAACCGGAGGAGGAAACUCCUAAACAUUGAGUAAACAUGGAACAAAGGCGCAGACACGGAAAGUCUCACCCCGCCGACGGCGGGGGCAGCGGUAGUAGUAGCAGUGGCAGCGGCGGGGACUCGGACGGCGGCGGCCCCGAGUCCCCGUCGGGAAGCCAACAAGGCCCGUCGUCGUCGGGCAACGCAUUCGCCAACGACGGCAGCUUCAUGGAGAUGUUCAAGAAGAAGAUGGAAGCGGAGAUGAGGAAAAAGGCGGAGGGGACAGAUGCUGAGGAAGGACAUAAGAAGCCCCCUCCAGUCACCAGCUUUGUGGGGAAGCGCAGAGGCGGUGUGUUCCUUAAGACCGGCAUGGUUGCCAAGAAACAAAAACAGGACACAGAGGCUACGCCUGGCAAGAGCGAUGCUUGGUCAAAGUACAUGGCUGAGGUGAAAAAGUAUAAAGCCCACCAGUGUGGAGACGACGAUAAAACGAGACCGCUGGUCAAGUAGAAGCGGAUCAACAGAAGAGGCCUCGAUCCCCUCUCUUCUGCCCUAUUUUUUCCUCAAAUGUUUUCCCUUUUUUAUGUAUUUUUUUUUUUCUUAAUUUGAUUUCACUUUGUUCUUAUGUUCCUCAACAAUCUUUCAUACAUUUGCUUAUUGAACAUUCAGUCAUUUUCUGUAUGUUAAGGCUUGAUAAAAAUCUACACUGCC